GGCGGCGCAGGAGGUGGCGGGUCCGGCGAGGGCGCGGCCUCUGGGAGGGGGGAGCACGACGCGCGUCCCCCCCGCGCGCGCCCGGGCCACUCGGGAGCCUCGCGCAGCCCGCUGUCCCACUUGGCCAUCCACUCCGGGCUGCUUCCUCGCGCCCGCCUCCUCUUGUCACCUCUCGUCUCAUCUUUCUCGCUCCAUCCCCCGCCGCAUACACAGCCAUCCGAGUUCGUCGGAGAGCCUGAGGCGCUGCACGGGGCUUUCAGGGCACACCCUUCAGCGGUCCCCAGCUCGGCUUUUGGGGGGCACGGGCGACAGCAUGGACACCAAGCGAUGCUUCGCUAACCGCUUCGAUGACUACCAGGGCAGCCUACUGGCGGGCCAGUGCGAGGAGGCGGUGGCGCCCUUGGUCACCGCCACCAUCGAGCGCAUCCUCCAGGAGCUGCCCCCGCUUGGGGGCGGCGCUGAGGCCCGGGGUGCCACGGCCACGGCCACGGCCAGCGGCUGUCAGGGGGGUCUGUACAGCGGCGUGGCUGGGGUGGCCUACAUGCUCUACCACGUCUCUCAGAGCCCCCUCUUCGCCACGGCCCGGGAGCGCUACCUGCGCUCGGCCAAGCGCCUCAUAGACGCGUGCGCCCGUGCUGAGGAGUGGGGUGAGGCGGACGCCGACACCAGAGCCGCCUUCUUGCUCGGGGGCGCGGGCGUGUACGCCGUGGCCACGCUCGUGUAUCACGCCCUGGGACGGUCCGACUACGUGCAGCCGCUGGGCAAGUUCCGGGCUCUGUGCGCCGUCUGCGCGCCGGUCUCCUUCCUGGAGUGCGGCUCCGACGAGCUGUUCGUGGGCCGCGCGGGCUACCUGUGUGCCGCGCUGGUGCUCAAGCAGAAGCUCGCCCAGGAGGUGCUAACUCCAGCACAGAUCAAAUCAAUUUGCCAGGCGAUUCUGGAUUCUGGGAAGCAAUAUGCCAUGAAGAAGAGGAAACCGUUUCCCCUGAUGUACUCCUACUAUGGAACUGAGUACUUGGGGGCAGCUCAUGGCCUGUCAUCCAUUCUCCAGAUGCUGCUCUCUUACCAUGAGCACCUCAAGCCUUCGGAUCGUGAGCUGGUGUGGCAGAGUGUAGACUUCCUCAUGGAACAGGAACAGAACUGCAACUGGCCCCCUGAGCUUGGCGAGACCAUCGAGAGAGAAAAUGAGCUAGUCCACUGGUGCCACGGUGCCCCAGGCAUUGCCUAUCUGUUUGCCAAAGCUUAUCUGGUUUCAAAGAAGCCACAGUACCUGGACACAUGUAUUCGGUGUGGAGAACUCACGUGGCAGAAGGGCCUGCUGAAGAAGGGGCCAGGCAUUUGCCAUGGUGUAGCUGGCAGUGCCUAUGUCUUCUUGCUGCUGUACCGGCUCACAGGAAAUUCCAAAUACAUCUAUCGAGCUCAAAGGUUUGCUCAAUUCUUAUUUACCGAGGAAUUCAAGGCCGGUUCCCGGGUCCUUGAAAGCAUCUACAGCUUGUAUGAAGGCUUCUCUGGGACCGUGUGCUUUCUCAUCGAUCUGCUGCAGCCCAAUCAGGCUGAAUUCCCUCUCUUCAGUGUCUUUGUUUAGUAGGCUCCAUCUUCCAUUGCGGUCUUGCAGAAGCCCCCCUGAGAUUUCCUGAGCCUACCCAAGGCAGUUACCACAUAACCCACAUUCAAUGGUAUCACAACCAUAAGCCUUAACAUUGCCACCAGAAGGAGGGGAAAAGGCAGUUGAAGAGAGUGAUACCAAACGAAAGAAAGAACCUGCAAAGGAAGGAAACCAUAGCACAUCUUUGGUAUUUCAAGAAAUAGAUGUGAAACCAGGGAGGAAAAAAAAUUGGAAAGAGAAUUUGUUUUCAGUUAGGAUAGAGAAAACAAAGCAAAUAUGGACUAUGGAAAUAAAAUGCUGAUAUCUUCACAAUUUGAGAGAAUUUGGCCAUUUGUGGGUACCUCCCACCCCUAAAUUCUGGGGAAAAAAAGACAAUUCAAAACUGAAGUUAUUGAAAACUGCUAGUAAGUGAUGAAGUGUUAGGAUGCUGAAGGAUAUAAAAGGAAACUCUUGGUUGUCCUACACCUUUACUUAUUGAAAUUCCUGAUGUUUACUGAAUGGAGAUAUUUGCGUAUCAAUCUUUUCUUUUCCUAGUAUUAUCCUGGGCACUUUAAAGAAGUCAUAUCAUAAGUAAUACAUUGAAAGUGAAAGUUGCCUUAGGCCUUAGAACAUUUCUUUUCCUGGCUCCUUUUCCUUUCCUAAUGCUCAAUUAGUACAGCAAAACUCACAGGCUAACCAACACUGUAGCAAAUGUUGCUGUCAAGUGUCUUUUCAAUUUGAGGUGUGAGCUGUCUAUUGUUAGUGAAAUUUUAAAACUGCCUUUAUAUACAUGGCCCCUAUGAAGCUAUUAGCCGAGCUGUAAAAUAUACUAUUGGUAAAAGUUACUCAGAUCAAAGAUGAGGGUAACCACUAUAAAGAUGGGUAGUUUCUGCCUUUGAUGGAAUAUUGUGCCCCUUGGGACAGGCAGAAACAGGCUGAGAGAAGCACCAGUGUUUGUGGAAAGCACAUUGCUCAAUAUUUUAAUAAUAUUAUAUUAAGAGAUGAGGAAAUGCUCUGGCUAGUUACUUUGUUUUCCAAGAGAAAAGGUCCACUAGAAAUUGGUAGAAAACCCAUUUGUAGGUGUAAACACAUAAGAAUUGUGAAGCUGCUGCAAUUAAAUAGUGGUUAGCUAAAACACUGUAGGAGCAUCUGUCACUUAAAUGUGCAGAAUGAGUCUAGCUUUCCUAGAAUUUGGUCAUUGGAAAUAUACUGCUUAAGACUUAAUCAUUUAAAUAGUCAUUAAAUGUUAGGAUAUAUAUAUAUAUAUAUACGCACACACACAAGUAUAUCUCUGUGUCAUCUAUCCUUAUAUAAACUCUAGAAAUUAUUCUUAGUUCAGUAGUUCCUUACCUGAAUCAUAGGCAUACUUUUGAAAGUGUUAGGGAAUUCUCUGUUGCCCAAAAUAUUUAUGUAUAUGUAGG